AUGGCUUUCACGUUCAAAAAUUUACGAGUACAAGCAUUUAAUGCGGAGAAUGGGAAAUUUUCAGAAAACGGAUACGACUGUAAUGAAGACGUAGAACCUAUUCCAGGUCCUGGAAAUGCUCCGUUGCAUAUGUUUACAGUGGCUGAUAAGAACGUCACUUGUAUUGUAAUCAAAGGUGGUUUUCAGUUCAACAUCCCAUACAUGUCACAUUAUGGGAAUACGACAGCAUUGAUCUCUCUACCAGAUAGAUACACUGUAACUGGAGACUGCAACAAAGCACUAAAUGGAUAUUAUUCCCAGAAAAUAGUUAUUGGAUUUUAUAAUACCUGGAAGUUGACAUUAUACUUCUCCUCUGAUGUACAGCAAAGUGAAAUUUUAAUAAGAGAAAAAGUUACAAAGUACCACAUCUCACAGAUUGAGCUGGGUUAUGAUUUUAAUAACAACCUUUUUACAGAUGCUGUGGACAACAGUGAGUAA